AUGAUCUCGCCUUCCCUCUAUGAGAAGUACAAGAAGGAUACCCAGGACUUCAUCCACUGGUUGGCGAACGAAUAUAUCGCCCUCUUCGUGUCCAAUCAAAGAAACCUGGGCCUGACACCACAAAGACCACAGUUCGACUUCAAGCACCCACCUAAAGUCAACGAUCUCGUCCCUCUGGCUGAGUAUAUAGUCGGCCAAAAUCAACCAGUCCCUUAUCACGUCUUCAGCGCUCUAGCGUCGGCCAUCCACAAGAGAAGCGUUGCUACCGCAUCCUACACAGCACAAGUAGGGGCCACCGCCGACCCCAAUCAAGCAGCUAGCGAUGCUGGUCAUCAACACUUUACCAAUGUUUUAACCCAAUGUCGCCACAUCCUCGGCGGUGACGGUUGGGUGCGCGACAACAUACGAGAUAGCACCGAGCCUUCUAUCGAACGAGUCCAAGAAGAGCUGUCUAGCAGAUUCAGAGCCCUAAUUGUCCAAGAUGCCGAAGCAUCUAGCGAGGAAGAAGAGCAAGCGUCAAGUUCCAGGCCCAGACAGCAACGAAGAUCUGGAAAGGGUAAAGGCAAGAAGAGAGGAAAGGUCAACAAGGGCAAAGGAAAACAGCCAGCAAGGGAAGAAGUCUACCAAGAAAUUUCCAUGGAGAGCUUGCGCAACAUCGACGGCCAAGAUGCCAUGACUAUCAACUAUGUGAUUGCUGUACAUUCAGCAGCGCAGCAAUGGAUCGAGCUUCGACAUUGCGUCCAGUCCCUAUGGCACCAAGUCGCUUACCAAAACCUCAAUACGGCCGUGGCAGCUGCUUCAUCCAAAGUAGCUGUUUCAAUGGUCCAGAGAACCAAUGCCGCCAUCUUCGCCGAUUUUACCGGGAAUGACUCUUAUCUGACUAUCGUGAACGCACUUGCUCGUGGGGAUAUCGAUAACGCCCAAGGAACGUUUCAAGUAGAGAUUUCUGAUGCAGUGGGUGGUGUUGUAAGAACCAGAACAAUUUCAGAUGUCAAGGAGCAGUUCCUUUACAAUACCUACCUGGCGCUUAAAGGCUUUCUCGACGAUUUCAGGAUCAACAGGACUGGAAAGCCAACGACCAAGCUGAAAAGAACGCUUGCUACUUGGGAUCCAACAGUGAUAUUGGCGAACUUGAGUCACGACGACCGAAUGACCUGGCGACGGAUUUAUAUCAUCAAAUGGCUGUACGAUCUCGUCAAUGUUUCUUCAGCCAUACAGCUGAAGAAAAACAGAGACUCUGCAGAUCCGAAGAGUCUGCAAUACGUUGACUGGACCGGUGACCACGAACGAACCAUAUUUGGUCUCAAUGAAUUUGCGGUUGAAAUCACACGCAUGGCUAUGCAGGAAAGAAACUUCCAGGUCGAAACGUUGAUCCAGCUACAUCACGUUUUUCAACUCCAGUGUAUCGUGGACUCUUUUACCGUUUCCAGAGGAUGGUACAUACCUAUGGAAGAGACGGUGCACGACGUGGCAGAGCCAGCAGACCUCCAGGCGACGCGUGAUAUCGAUGUGUUCCUUGACCGCCAUGAAAAAUUCAUAACUCGUGGCUAUCGUGGCUCCAUUUUCAAAAUGAAUCUGGACCUGGAGAUAUCGUGCGAGGAUUUCUCGCAUUUUCAAAACCUUCUUGACUCCAUCAACCUAUCUGGACAAGAAUUCCACGACUAUCUUGGCCAGCACGUGUAUGCCAACCCUCAAGCUGAAGCUCGAAAAAAUUGGGACGGUAUAGCACCAUCUCGAUUCGGUCCAGCCAAUGCAAAUGGGCUGCACACAUAUUCACCCUAUCUUUGCGGUGCGGGUCUUGAAGAGGCCUUGUCAAUAUCAUAUAAACAAAUGAUGUGGCUAUGGCAAGUGAUGCGCGAGCCGGUGCUUAUAAUUCACAUGUAUAACUUCCUCAAGCAACGCGGAUAUUUCAGGGAGCCUAUCCCGUUAUGGGAAACUCUUGCAAUUCUCUUCAAGACGGGCGUGUUUCGAAGCUUGGAGGAGGACGAUAAAGCAAACAGUGCCACGGCGUUGAAAACGUUGAUGCAUAUGAAACGAGAUUUGGCUGUAUCCAACAAAGAAAAUAUACACAAGUCCUUUGACAUAACCACUUGCUAUAACUUCAACAGGCAGUCAGCGUUGUCAGCAUACCGGAAAGCUAAUUGGAACCCUGAUCAAGUAACUCUUGAUCAGUCUUCGGAUAAAGACUUGUCGGUUCUGCUGGCCAUGCUACACAGAGAGGACUUGGAACAGACACCAACGGCAGCUAUUGGCCCGACUGAAAACACGAAUGGAGCGCAGUCUGGGACGGUGGACCAGGUUGCGCCCGCCGGAGAGAUAUCCACGACAGAGACAACUACGGGUGAUGAUGCAUCGCCGAUACCUGGACCUUCGAAUCCACCUCGGUCAAAGCCAGAGCCAAUAAAAGAAGACAGUAGUCGAGAUGCCUUCUUUUGGGCCAACUCGGACUUCUUGGACGAUAUAUGUGGCUUUAAUUUACUGAAGCCAAAGAGACCUCUCUCCAGCAUCAACUAUGCAUCAGUCACAGUCGCCAUAGUGAACUCCUUUUGUGAAAUGGAAGCUAGGCUAAAGGAGGCUCAGAACGCAAUGUACUCAGUCUACCGUGAUAGACAUCAUCCAAACUAUCACAGGGGAAAGCGGGCGCAAGCCGUAUAUGAGAGAGGGACCUUGUUCGUACAUGCACUUGACUUGUAUCGGACCCCAGAGCAAGAGAAAAGGGAGCCAAUGGACCCCGGCGCUAAGGAAGUACUUCAAAUUGCGGCUGACGUUUUUGAGGCGGAUCAACGGCGAAUAUGGCAGUUCACUUAUUGGAACGAUAUGACCCAAGCUGAUUAUGACAAGAUGGAGGCUGCAGAUGCAAAGGAAGAUGCGAAGGAACCAGAGAGUAGCGCCCCGCCAUGA